AUGGACGACGCCGUCACGACGCCGACAAAGGACCUCACGGCUGUUGCCGACGCGGCGAAACUGUCGGAGCGCAAGCGCCUCAAGCACCGCGAAUACGUCAAGAAGUCGUACAAGAAGAAACUCACGACACUGGAGAACCUCCGACGGGAGCUGGACGACCUCGACCACCAGUACUCGUCCAUGUUGCUAUUGGAAAUGGGGAAACGGCUGCCCCAGCAGCUGUACGACGAGCGAGCGCAGACGGCCGGCAGCGCCCAGACGCUGACGAUGCAGAAGUACCUCAAGGCUACGGAACUCAAGAAAUUGUAUCGACAGGAGAACGACCGCCUGUAUCAGCUUAAUGCGUGCCACAUGAAAGUCGAGAGCCGGAUGGGGCAGCUGCUUGACGCCUCGGAAGCUGCAAAAGUCCCGCUGCACCGAGUCCCUGCUUCUCGCCAAUACCGCAUCUCGCCGCUGCCUGCAUCUGCGUACGCCAAAUUGAUCGAUGAGGCGACAGCGGACGUGCUGUGCUUUGCGCGCAACCCAGUAAAAUACAGCACGGGGGCUCGAGUUCUUGGCUGGACAGACCAGCGCGAGAUUCGCGAGUGCAAGCUGGAGUUUGCGCUGCAAAAGGAAAUCAGCCUGUCGCCCCGUGUCUUGCUGGACCGGUGCUGGUCGAUUUUCUCGAAUCCAGAGGAGUUUGCGAAGAUUUAUGGCUCAGCUCUGGAUGUGCAGUUUCACGUGCUGCAGCACAUCGAUGAGAACACGAUCCUCUUGUACCGACGCAUUGCCCCGCCAGCAGACGGCAUGCGAGAAGUCAAGAGUAUCUUCUUGCUUGCAAAGCGGCCCGUUAGCGAAGGGUUUUUGCUGCUCUUUCGGUCCAUUGAUAAGGAUCUUGUCCACUUCAAAGAGGUGGACGUUGAUGGCGAACCGCAGCACUAUGUGGACUCGGAGUCAGCCCUCAAGUUGAUGAGCUCUGAAAUGUGGGUGGAAAAGUACAUCUGGGACCUGUUUUACAACGUCCCGAAAGAGCCCGAGAAGUGCCUGUUCCAGUUUGGCGGGGCCACUACAACUUCGCUCUGGCUGCGCGAAGUACUGUUUAUUGCGGUUCGAUGGGAGAACAUGGCCGUGGGCUCACAGUUCUCACUGACUGCCGAUUGA